AUGAUUUUGGAUCCGGAGCCGACGCUGGAGAGAGAGCGGCAGCGCAGGGAGAACGGCGACCAGCCGGACGGCGUGGUCUGGAGCAGCGCCAAGUUGCGGCCGCUCAUCAGUCUGCCUCGCGUGCCGCCCUCUGACUUCGAGGACAGGUUCCGCAAGACCAAGGCGUUCAAGUAUGGCAGGCGCAAGUUGGUGUGGAAGGGUGGACUGAGGAAGCCCGUGCUGGAGGUGGGAUUACCUCCCACAUACGAAGACGUGCUGCGACUGGACGCGGCCUCCCGAGCCUCCUCCGGCCCCGACCUGCGCGCCGACGUUGGCUGCCUGACCAGCGACAAGGACCGCACCGGCCUGGACUCGCCGGUGUCGGCGCCUGGGGCUGGCGUCGCCCUGCGCCGGGACCUGUCGGCGCCGGCACUGGCGACGCGAGAGCCCGGCGGAGACUCGCCGGCGCCGGCGGCCGCCUUCACGCCGACGUUCCGCCGGUCUGAUGGGAGGCCUGCCUCGAGCGAGCAGCCGUCGCCGGCGGGAGACUCUCUCCGGCUGGUGGGUCGCCUGGACGCGGACUGGCUGGUGGGCAGCCGCGGCGGCCGGCAGGGCCUCGUGCCGGCCGUCUACGUGCAGGUGGUGACCCCGCUGGUGGGGCCGCUCACGCCGCCGGCCGUCAGCAGGGAGGCUUGUCAGGGCGGCACGCGCGCCAUGGCCCUGUACGACUUCACCGCCGAAGAGCAGUACGACCUCGGAUUCAAGGCCGGCGACCUGGUGCUAGUGAUGGGCAAGCUCAACGACGACUGGGGCUACGGCACGCGGCGCCAGCGCUCCGGCCAGUUCCCGCUGGUCUACGUGGACGUGGACGUCUCCGAGCUGCCCCAGCUGUGA